AUGAAAAAAAUCGUAGUUUAUUUUUUCCUUGCUUUUUCGUUUAGAAUUUUUUGUGAACAGAGACACUUUUCAUUUUCCUUUGUGAAAAAGGAAGAUAUCAACUCAUCAUCUGCGGUGUUUCAUCAGGAUGCUAACACCGUUUUAUAUUGUGGUGUAAACUGUUUCAAUGAUAACUUCUGUGUAGGGUUUGGUUUCAACACAAACAGUCAGCACUGCUUUGGAUUACAUGAUUUUAAAUGGGACGUUUAUUCUUAUCAACCGGUUCAAUCAACUUUGGACAAAAUCGUUUGGUAUCGUUUAGGUUGCAGAGCCAACUGGGUAAAGUUCAACGGUCACUGUUACCUCUACAGAAAGCUUAAAAAACUCUCAUGGUUUGAGGCUAAGGCAGAAUGUCAGAACAGAUUUUCUCACCUCGUAGAGAUUGAGGACAAAGCGGAAUCUGACUGGCUAGCUUCGACAUUUCUUAAUCCAGAUGGUAAUUAUUCUAAUUGUCCCAGUAAUACAUCUAACGGGUGUUCAGCGUGGACCGGACUAAACGACCUUAACAUCGAAGGACAAUAUGUAUGGGACCAUUCAAACACACCCAUGGCGUUUUACACUUGGUAUACCUUCAAGCCUGAAUUUGGCGAUAUACGAGACUGUGUUGCCAUUCAGAGAAAUGGCCGAUGGAACGAUAAAAAAUGCACGGCCUUACUUGCCUUCAUUUGUGAGAAAGAGAUGAGCAACUUACAGGACACAAAUAGCAAUGCAAAAAUUGGGAUUUGA